AUGCUUCUGCGUUUACCGUCUAGCCUUCAUUACCCCAUCACCGUAACGUCGCUGCUCAAACAGCCAGGCGAUGCGGUGGAAAGGGACGAGGCCCUGUUCUGGUAUGUCUAUCAGACGACUGUCACAGAAGGGGAUGGACUGGGCAAUAAGACCCAAGUCCAGCGCAAGUUCCCGACCAAGUUCGAGUCAACUGUUGAUGGGGAACUGGUUCAGUGGAAAGUUAGUAAGGGAGAUGUUCUGAAUGGACCUGUGGACAUCGUCGAGAUCGACGAGCCAUGUUCUCACGAGAUUCAAUUUGGGGGGCUUUGCGCGGAAUGUGGAAAGGACAUGACUGAAUCUACGUACAAUACGGAAAUCACGGAUUCGAUGCGCGCACCGAUCCAGAUGGUCCAUGAUAACACAGCUCUUACUGUGAGUGAGAAGGAAGCUACACGAGUAGAAGAAGACGCGAAGCGCCGUCUAUUGUCGAAUAGGAAGCUCUCUCUAGUGGUGGAUCUUGACCAGACAAUCAUCCAUGCCACGGUUGACCCGACAGUUGGAGAAUGGAUGGAAGACAAAGAUAAUCCAAACCAUCAAGCUGUGAGCGAUGUUCGGGCGUUCCAACUGGUGGACGAUGGGCCCGGGAUGCACGGUUGCUGGUAUUAUAUCAAGCUACGACCGGGGCUAGAGUCAUUUUUACAGAACGUCUCAGAGCUCUACGAGCUACAUAUUUACACUAUGGGUACUCGAGCGUAUGCGCAAAAAAUCGCAAGUAUUAUAGACCCAGACCGGAAACUGUUUGAAGACCGCAUUCUCAGUCGCGAUGAGAGCGGGAGCCUAACAGCGAAGAAUCUCCAUCGUUUGUUCCCCGUGGACACGAAAAUGGUGGUCAUCAUUGAUGACCGCGGUGACAUUUGGCGCUGGAGCCCUAAUCUCAUUAAGGUCUCGCCCUACGAUUUCUUCGUCGGCAUUGGAGAUAUCAACUCAAGUUUCCUACCCAAGAAACAGGGGUUCGAUGGGGCCAACAAGGACACCCAGACGACGGCGUCCUCAACAUCUAAAACACCACCGCUCCAACAUCCUGUCAAUGGGACGGCGAAAGGGGGAGUAGGGCCGGAGGUAUCGACACUGGAACAGCUCGUGACAAUGGGUGGUGGGGACAACCCGCGACUGCUACAGGAGCAGAACGAUGCUCAGGAAGAGAUAAUCAUGCACCAGGUAGAGGACCGUCCGUUGUUGCAAAAACAGAAGGAAUUGGAUGCGGAGGAUGAUGCGGCCGAGAGUAGCGAUUCAUCUACGAGCAUGGAUGAGUCUCAAGACCCCAGCAAACACCGGCAUCACUUACUGGAGGAUCACGAUAGGGAGCUCUUCCAGCUAGAAGAACGACUGGAACAAGUGCAUAAACUGUUUUUUGAGGAGUAUGAUAAGAAGCGUGUGCGAGCGCUAGGUGGAAGGGUGGCAGCUCUGCGAGGCGAGAGGACGCCGUCCAAGGAGAAGGACGUGGACUUGAAAUUGGUCCCCGAUGUCAAAGACAUUAUGCCGCAGAUUAAGCGUCGUAUCCUGGGUGGCGUAGUCUUGGUGUUUUCCGGAGUACUUCCUCUUGGAACAGAUACGCAGAACGCCGAUAUCUCUUUAUGGACAAAGAGUUUCGGGGGUGCGAUUUCCCAAAAGAUUAGUAUGAGAACCACCCACCUCGUGGCUGGUCGUAAUCGCACAGCGAAAGUUCGAGAAGCGACGCGCUAUCCGAACAUUAAGAUUGUCACGACGCAGUGGUUGCUGGACUGUCUGACGCAAUGGAAGCGGGUGAACGAGGAACCGUACCUACUGCCCGUGCAUCCCGAUGAUCGCGGCGAGCCAAUUGAGCCUGGGUCCAAGGAGGCAGAAAGCUCGUGGCCUUCAUCGUCGGACGAGGGAACGGGAACAUUCUCUACAGAUGACGACGGCCUGUCGGAAUCCACUGAGGACAUUCUCAAGUCUUCGGGACUCAACGAGAUGUCUCCCAUUGGGUACGACGCUGAACAACAAGCCGCCAUCCACGAGGAACUGAAGGAGUUCCUUGGAAGUGACGACGAGAGCGAGAGCGAUAGUGAUUAUUCGUUCCUAGCAGAUGAGGACAUCGCAUCCAGUAAGAAGCGAAAACGUGACGAUGAGUCCGAAGAUAAAAAUUACGAGCCUAGUUUAGAAGAGGACGAGAAUUUCCAAGGCUCUCGCCUCUCGCAACGGAUCAAGCGGUCCUACGAACGGAGCACCGGUCUGAGGGAGGUGGCUAGCGCGAACAUCGCUGAGUCCGCGCAUGAGUCGACAGAUCGCGACGACGAAGAAUCCAGAGACCUGGCAUCUCGAGAUCAAACAGCAAAGUUCCCCGAAAAUCCAGCCGAGGACGACGAUGAGCUGGAGCGGGAGAUGAUGGCGGCGUUUGAAGAUGGAGGCUACGACGAGGGUACUCUGCGUCAACCACGCCAUCGUCUGCAGAUUAUCCCCCCCAAAGUGAUUAUCAUCCACAUAGAUCUUACAAUUAUCGUUGACGUUAGCGACAACCCCGUACAUCUGCAGGGAAGUCUCGAUGAGACCUGUCAGCCAGAGUACGAAGAGGAUGAAACUGCCGAUGAUGAUGAUUCCCGGGAGAAGGAAGCGUUGCGCAGCGAGAAUGAGGAUGAGAAUGAUGAAGAAGAUGCCCAGAGCGCCGGAGACGACCAUGUAUGGGAAGAGCCUAACGAUAUGCGGCUUGAUUGGGAACAGCAUGAAUGGCUCCAGAUCCAAGAGAAGUGGCAAGGGAGGUAA